GUGAGUUACAGUGUGAUUCGAGUGAUCGUGUUGAGUUGUUGUUCCAAGGAAAAGGAGUUUUACUACUCUUGGCAAAACUGAAUAUCGCCGUUUCAUCAAAAUGGGGUGCUGCACAGCUCGAUGUACCCUGAUCACCAUUUGUGUCCUUCAGUUGAUAGGUACAGUAGAAAGACAAGUAUUUGAUUUCCUUGGUUACAUGUGGGCUCCUAUUAUUGGAAAUUUUCUGCACAUAAUUUUUGUGAUCCUGGGACUAUUUGGUGCAUAUCAGUACAGACCAAGAUAUAUCAUUGUGUAUGCGGUAUGGUUAGUCAUAUGGCUGGUUUGGAACACUUUUAUAAUCUGUAUGUAUCUUGAAGUUGGAGCACUUUCAAUAAAGAAUCACAAAAAAAUUUUAACAAUCAAUACAGACAAUGAGAGUUGGUGGACAAACCAUGGUUACGGUUGCGUAAUAACUUAUAAUACAACAACAACAGCAAAUGGAGAAACGCAUCAAGAAACAUCAAACCAAGACUGUAUUUUAGAUUAUGAAUAUGUAGAAAUAAUACAUGCUGGAAUUCAGUGCCUAUUUUGU